AGAAAAACACGGGACGUGGUGGACCCAGUUAGAAUGCAGAAACUAGUUACUGCAAGGGAAAGCCAUAGGGGAGGAGUACAAAGCUGAGGCCGUUAUCUUCCCGCGUAAUUACUAAUUAAUGGCUUCCAUAUCAGCUGUUGGAAUUCCACUGCUUUCUGUUGGAAGAGCUUCAACCACCAAAUGGGCCAGAGCAACCGCUGCUCAAUCUCUUCAUGAAGCGCAUGAUUUCUCUCAUCCCACUUUAUGCGUUCAAACAAGCCCCGUGAAUUACAGAGGAGAUAUUGGGAGACGAGGGUUAGUAAUAUUUUCCAUCGGAUUAUUUUGUCCAGCUUUGUGGAAUUCUUCAACUAAUGGUGUAGCUGUGGCAUCUGAAUUCGCUGACAUGCCUGCAAUCCGGGGGAAGGAUUAUGGCAAGACAAGGAUGCGGUAUCCAGACUAUACAGAAACAGAAUCAGGACUUCAGUACAAGGAUUUGCGAGUAGGAGAUGGCCCCAAGCCUAAGAUGGGUCAGACAGUCGUGAUUGAUUGGGAUGGUUACACCAUAGGAUAUUAUGGCCGCAUAUUUGAAGCUCGAAACAAGACAAAGGGAGGCUCCUUUGAGGGAAAUGACAAGGACUUUUUCAAAUUCAAACUAGGGUCUGGCCAGGUGAUACCAGCUUUUGAGGAAGCUGUUUCAGGCAUGGCUUUGGGUGGAGUUAGAAGGAUAGUUGUUCCUCCAGAAUUGGGAUAUCCAGAGAAUGACUUCAAUAAGAGUGGCCCAAGACCUACUACAUUUUCGGGGCAAAGAGCCUUGGAUUUUGUGCUGAGGAAUCAGGGGCUCAUAGACAAAACUCUUCUCUUUGAUAUUGAGCUCCUAAAAAUCAUGCCAAACUGAGAUCGGAUGAGCAGCUGUCAAUGCCAAGAUGCUGCUCUAAUUACAUUAGGCGCGGAAAAAGAACAGUACUUGAAGGGAGCCAUAUUGUAAUACACCUCCAUUCCAGGGACUUGGAGAGUUUAGUUCAUGAAGCUGGUGAAGGUUCUGUUGUUUAUUUAAGUUGAAAUUCUCUCUCUCUCUUUCUCUGUCUCUCUCUCUCUCUCUCUAUAGGCAUGCCAUCCAGUUGGUCAGAAGUUUUGUUCUGUCAGAUUGUCGAUUCAGCAGAAUAUCAAUUUACAAGACCUUGGUUGAAAGAUUGGAUAGUGUUGUUGCUUAUUAUUUAAUCCUAAUGCAUCUAUUAUUGGAAAGUAGAUGACCGCUACAGUUAAAUCUACAUGGGGAUGUGUCUUCUUCUAUAUGCAAAUGAAUCCAAUUUCAGUGCUAUCAUUUGGUGAUCGACCAUUAGACCUUGAUGGCUUCGUUUUGAAGUUCAUAAUAUUCUUCAGACUCCUUGUUAAACACUCUGGUUUUGUUUAAACGAAGCAAGAAUUGAGCA